CAUUAAACCAUCAAUUUUCAGUCUCUUGCAUUCUACCAAGAAACUACAUCACCACUUUCACCAACAGAGCAAACAUGUACACAAAGAACAUUGCCCUCGCCGUUGCUCCCCUUGUUCUCCUUGGUCACGCCGACGUGAGCCUUGACAGCGACGAUGUGCCCUCCAACUGCCGGGCCAUUUGCAAGCCUAUUGUCCAGCUGACGCACCGUUGCGAGGUUGAUCUCUCCAACGUCAAUGAUCGAACGGAGGACAUUCUUGAAGCCCAGUGCGUUUGCACCAACAAGAGUUUUGAGGUUGGCCGUAUUGCUGCCCUCUGCGCCGACUGCAUUGCCCAGAAUGUAAAGUCAACCAAGAAGGCUCGAUCUCUCGCCGCCAUCCGGGCUCGCAAGGUCCAAUCCGCUCGCAAGAUUCGAGCCCGAGACAGCGACACUGACUCGGACUCGGACUCGAACGACGAUUCCCAGAGGAACUCUGACUCAAAGAGCAACGAUUCUGAUUCUGAUUCUUAUUCUUCAAAUGACAAUAACAACCCACGUCGCAAGAAUCUCCAAGCUCGCAAUAAGAAGACCAGAGCUCGUCGCGCCCGUAAUGCCAAAGGCUACGACUCCAACAGCGACGAUUCGCAAAGCAACGCGGACUCUGAGAGCGAUGACGACUCCCGCAGGAUGGUUCGGGCUCGCCGCAACGUCCGCCGCAACAAAAUCCAAACCCGAAAUGACCACUUGGACAACGCUGACUCGGAGAACAACGACUCACCGAGUAGCGACUCAGACUCGGAUGACGGCCUCAAGAAGAUCCAUGCUCGCCGUGUUAUUCGCCGUAACAAGAAGCAAGCUCGGGAGAAGGAUUUUAGCACUGUCGAUUCUGAGAGCAAUGACUCUGCAAGCGGCGAUGAUGACUCGAAUUCGGAUAGUGACGAUGACUCGCGCAAGAAGGUUGGAGCUCGGCGCGAGGUCCGCCGUACCAAGUUCCAGGCCCGAGAUAACUCUGAUGACACCGAUAACAACGACGACGACUCGGACUAUGAGGACGGUCUUGAAGACAUCCGCACCAUCAUGUACGCUUGCGGCUUCACUAGCACCAGUUACGCCGCCUCCAAUUCCAACGCCGCCGCAACCAUCACCGUUGUGGCUACUGCGCCUACGGAGACGAACCAGUUGACUACUACCAUGGUCCCUAGCCACGUUACCGCCUCCAACUCUGGAAGUGGAGAGAUCAACGCCGUUAGCCAGACCACUUUGACCACUGCCACGGCCACUGCUACUUCCACCCGCUUCGGCAAUAACAAUGACGACAAUACCGACGAUGAGUACACAGACGACGAGGACAAUUCCAGCAGUCGUCGCAACAGCAGCACCACCACAAGCGCUGCUGGAAAUGGAAACAGCGCGGUUUCGGUCACGGAGAGCGGUGCCACGGCGACCCAGAGCACCGGCGCUGCCUCUGGCCUUUCUCGGUUCGGUAUUGCUGGGGCCCUAAUUGCUGGUGCUGCCGCGUGGCUGGCGUAA